AUGUCAAUUAACACACCACCAACAAACUCUCAACCAACUACUGGUCAACACCAACCUCCACAACAACAACAACAAGGCUAUUACCAAUACCCACCCCAUCCACAACAACAACCAUAUGGUCAACCACAAUAUCCACCACAACAAGGUUAUGGAUAUCCUCCACAACAACAACAACCACAAGGAGGUUAUUAUGGAGGUUAUGCACAACCAUAUGGACAACCACAAUAUCCUCCACAAGGAUAUUAUGGACAACCACAAUAUUCACCACAAGUAGGUCAACAACCAAUUGGUACUUCUCAAAUUCCUCCUCCAACUGGUCAACCAAAUGUUGUUGGUCAAUAUUCACCACAAAUUCAACCAUUUGGUCAACCACAAACUAAUCAACAAUAUCCACCUCAACAAGGAUAUUAUGGUCAACCAAAUGUUCCUCCUCAACAAUAUCCUCCACAAUACGUAAAUCAACCUUAUGGUCAACCACAAUAUUCACCUCAAACUGGCAUUCCAGGUCAACCACAACCAUAUGGACAACCACAAACUCAAAUUCCUUAUGGACAAUUUCCACCUCAAACUGGUGUUCCUCCACCUCAACAACAACCAUUUGGUCAACCACAAACUCAAAUUCCACAACAUUUACCAACAAGUAUUCCACAAAAACCAACUCCACGUAAUUUAACCUAUCAAAAAAUUGCAACUUUGGGCGAAGAAGAAGAUUGUGGCGAAUUCAAAUUUCAAAAUGUCUAUGCAAUGGUUGUCCAUCAAAAGAGAAAUUGGCUUUUCGUUGCUGAUUGGAAAUAUAUUCACAUUUUCGAUUUGAACACCAAGAGAAAUUUGAAAACUUUGAAUUGUAACCAUUUAUGGGGAAGUGGCAGUUAUCCAACUGAUAUUGACAUUGAUUACAAUGAUGACACUUUUUAUGUCAUUGCAGAUUAUUCGCUUUUCAAGCUUAAUUUUGAAGGAGAUUUGAUAAUGAAACUCAAUUCACAAAAUAUGGAAGAAAAGGGAAUGAAAUUUGUGCCACGUUAUAUUGCAGUCAACCAAGCUGAUUCGUCUGUGUUGUGUGCAACUGAAGGAAGUGGAACUCAAGUAUUGCAAAUCAUGACAAGGGAUGGAAAAGGUGGAAAGGUCAUUUCAGAAGAUUCUCAAGGAAAAUCUCGUUAUUAUUGCUUCCAUUCUAUUUGUUAUUCUGGUUAUGGAGAUCAAUUUUAUAUUGGAGAUAGUUCAACAAUUUACUUGAUUGACUCAACUGGUAAAAUUUUGAAAACUCAUCAAUUGGAAGCUACUCCUGAUUCAUUGAGAGUUGACCAUUACACUGGUUGUCUCAUUUUGAGUGAUUAUCACAAAUGCAUCAAGUUUGUUAAUAUGGAAGGUUAUUCAAAGAGUUUUGCUGAAGAAGGUGGCACAAGUUGUUGUGAAGUUUCUGAUCAAUUGGGUGAAUUAUACGUCUCAUUCCACAAUAAGAUUGUAAUUUACAAAUCUGGUGAAGCUCACUUGGUUUCUCAAAUGGGAAUUAGACCAUUACCAGUUACUCAACCACCAAAGGUCACUCCAAAUAGAAAUAUGAAGAGAUUAGCUAUAUUGGGUGAUGAAGAAGAUUGUGGUGAGUUCAAAUUUUCAGGAUUGAUUGCCAUGGUUGUUCAUCAAAAGAAAAAGCAUUUGCUUGUGGCUGAAAGAUUGAAAGUUCACAUCUUUGAUUUGACAACAAAGAGACACAUCAAGACAAUUAAGGUUCCAGUUGGAGAUUGUCAAAGUAUUUAUGAUAUUGAUAUAGAUUACAAUGAGGAUACAAUCGUUGUGGCUACUGAUGCAUUUUACAAAUUCAGUUAUGAAGGAGAUAUCAUGUGGAAAGUUGAUUAUCAUAACAGAGAACAAAAAGGAUUUAAAUUCAUUCCACGUUACAUUGCAGUCAACCAAUUAGAUUCUUCAAUUAUGUGCUUGACGGAAGGUUGUGGAACUCAAAUUAUCCAAAUGUGUACAAAGGAUGGUCAGAGUGGAAAAGUCAUUUCAGAAGAUUCCCAAGGAAAAUCUCGUUAUUAUUGCUUCUGCUCUGUCUUGUAUUCUGGCGUUGAAGAUCAAUUCUACAUUGGAGAUAGUUCAACAAUCUAUCUCAUUAAUUCUAAAGGAAGAAUCUUAAAGACACACAAUGCUGGAGCACAUACAGAUUCAAUGAGACUUGAUAGAGCUACUGGAAAUAUUUUGUUGAAUGAUUAUCACAAGAGUGUUCGUUUGGUCAAUUUGGAAGGUUAUGAUAAGAUUUUAGUUAAUGAUAUUCCAAUUCAAGCAGUAGAUAUUUUAGAUGAAACAGGUGAACUCUUCGUUGGAAGUUAUGAUCAAGUAUUUAUCUAUAAGGCUCAAUAA